GCGAUCUCUUUACAGCAAACUUAAGUAACGUCAGUUACUUUGUUUAUAGAGACAAUAGAAGUCGAGCAGCUACGGAUCGUAGUGGGUAAGCGUGCGCUCCACACUCAAGAUGUCAGAUGACAGGUUUCUGUCAGCAUUGGCCGUGACUGUGUGUAUGCUGAUGACAUGUGAUGCGAGUGUGUUCCUGUCGGCUCCACCCACUGUAAAUUUGGAACAGAAAAGUUCACAAAAUGUGACCAUUGUUCCAAGUGCACCGCUAAAUGUGACUGCAGCCAUUCUCUUUAACAUCACCUAUGCUUCUAAAAAUGCCUCUAUUAUUAUUCAUCUCCCUGAUGAGGUGGUGUUGCCCGCAGGGGCCCCGUCAUGCAGUUUUGAGGUGCAUGCAGAACACGUGGGGCAGGUGACAGCAUAUCUGUACAGUAACGGCACCAACCUGACAAGCCUCACAACCAGGAUUCGUUUCAUGGUUGUCAGAAGCAACAUCCUUGAGAUCAUCAACCAAAUCAUUGGCUGGAUAUACUUUCUUGCCUGGUCCAUUUCAUUCUAUCCUCAGGCGUAUGAGAACUGGAAAAGAAAAAGUGUGGUGGGGCUGAACUUUGAUUACCUGGCUCUCAACUUGACUGGAUUCAUUGCAUACAGUGUCUUUAAUGUGGGUCUCUUCUGGGUACCCUACCUGAAGGAGGAGUUCUUGAGGAAAUAUCCCAAUGGCGUGAACCCAGUUGAUGCCAAUGAUGUGUUUUUUAGCCUUCAUGCUCUGGUGCUGACUCUGGUGUAUGUCUGCCAGUGUGUCAUGUAUGAGAGAGGAGAACAGAAGGUGUCCAAAAUUGCCAUCGCCUUACUCAUAAUUGGCUGGAUGUUUGCUCUGGUUACCCUCUUCGUUGCUGUGGCCAAUAAGAUUACGUGGCUGGAAUACAUUUACUACUUCUCUUACAUAAAGUUAGGUGUCACGCUGGUCAAAUACAUCCCUCAGGCUUACAUGAACUAUCAGAGACAAAGUACAGAGGGAUGGAGUAUUGGUAAUGUGCUACUGGAUUUCACUGGUGGCAGCUUCAGCCUCAUUCAGAUGUUCCUGCAGUCAUACAACAAUGAUGAGUGGAAGCUGAUUUUUGGAGACCCUACGAAGUUUGGAUUGGGUGUCUUCUCCAUAUUUUUUGAUGUGUUGUUUAUAAUUCAACACUACUGUCUGUAUCGACGACCGGAUCCACAAUACCAGCUUGUUGAUUAGCCAGGUAAAUACCUCUGCUAUUAAACUUGGUGCCUUUUACUUGCAAGGACUUGUGACUCUGAGGACUGUACUUUUUACAGUCUCCCAAAAAGUGGAUGAAGAGGAUGUUGUGGACAACACAGGGCUUUUUGUUUUGGAAACAAAUUACAUGGAAGUGAAAUAUUUUUGUAGGACUAUGGGCAUUAUCAGUGUCAAUUGGGGGGAUAUUUAAAGAUCUUUUCUGAUGUCAUUGAGAAAACAACACACAGAGUUCUGUUGUAAGGACUUCUCUGAGUACUGUAUUUUUAUCUGUUCACAUUUUAUUGAUCACAA